UGAUAAUUUUGUUAUUUCUAAUCAUAAGUCGCACUAUAGGUUAGGUAAGUGUAAAGGGGUGUGGCAUUGGGUGCGGUUGAAUUCAACUAUUGCUAAUAGAAGUAGAUUAUGAGCCAAGUUCACGUCCUGUCCUGUCCAGUCCAGUUAAAUGCAUGAUCUGGCAUUGUUUUGCUUCGAAUGCAGGUCACAAUGGCCACAGUUAAAUGCAUAUGCAGAUUUGGCAUUUGCGAAGGAAGGAUGUGCUCAACUGGAGGAGGAGAAUAAACUCCUUGGGGGGAGUCGGGAGAAAAGGGAUAAUCCUGCUAAUGGCGAUUUGAUUAUACUGCAACUGGAGACAUUGUUGGCGCAUGAGAAUUCAAUAUAUGCGAGAGAGAACCGGUUUCUAGGAGAAAUAAUCGAGUAUCACCAACUGAGCAUGCAGGAUGUUGUGUACUUAGAUGAGGGCGGCUGAACAAGCUAUACCAGUUGUUUAUCCCCUCAACUCCCCUGAGGUGGAAGCUACCCCUUCUUCUAGUACAAGCCCCGUCCCUGGCCAGCGGUCAACACCGACAAAGGAAAUCUCACC